AUGCUCAGCUACGCCUUGUUAUCGGUGAUUCUGCUGUUUUCCGGAAAUCAUGAUGUCGCCAAUGCCAAAAAAGCAAAAGAUGACAAAGGUCGAAAAUUCGCUCAGAAAGAAGAAGUUUAUGACACGGAACAUUUGAAGGAGCAUUUAAAACACAGGAUUGAUGUUGGUGCUAAAGAUUUAAGUGAGGAACAACAGAGAUUCCACUAUUUCUCCAUCAAUGACUUGAACAAAGAUAACAGAUUGGAUGGAACGGAGGUAGCGAAGACAAUGUACCACAGACAUGAGAAAGCAGAGACGCCAAUCUUCAGUGACGAUGAGAUUGAAGAAAUGGUUGACCCUAUCUUAAAAAAUUUCGAUGUCAAUGGCGACGGAUUCAUCGACUUUGCAGAGUAUCGAGCCAAAACAGAGAUGUAA